AAGGCGUUGCUUGUUCCUGAAGCAUCAAAUACAGCUGGGCUUUCACCUCCGGGAAUCCAAGCUCAACGCAAUCCGAAAUGGCGACUUCUCUGGGCGGGUUGUCCAUCCUUCAGUGGUCCAUGCCGCCCAGCUGCUGGGAAGCUUGUUGUGGCGCGCCCAUACCAACACCGAUGUUUUGGUGGUCGAUGAAGAAGCUGAACACAGUGCAAUACUGAAUUCACUCAACGACCCACCAGACCCAGUAACCUUGGUUAUCGUCUACCACCUCCUUGCUUGGUACACUCUCUACCUCCAAAGAAUGGAGGUUGGCCGUGAGUACCUGAUCAAGGCGGCUCAUGUGAUUGUGUCCAACAACAUGCAGGUGACUCCUCCCCACAUGGACGGCGUGUUGACCCUCGAGGAGCCCGAUGAUGACACCAAGGAACAUGUCACGACCAUCGCGCACUUCAUCUACAGUGAUAACUUUGCGCAAAUGGUCCUUGCAUAUCCCCCAUUUCUUGAUGCGGAAUAUAACCGACAACUGAAGUUACUCUCGUUUAUGCAGCCCUGGCUCGCGAAGCACUCUAUAGUCCUGAUGCGCUGCAAAAGCUUGGUGCUGCUCAGAGAAGCCAUGCAGCUGAGCCGGAUGCGUGCAGAAACAACUGCAGCGACGUCCUCUGGCGGCAUUAUCGAGCACACAGCGCUCUCGUCGGAGUGGCACACUCAGUACUGGGAGACGAUUGAGGAGGUUACAUCGCACGUCGCGGUGCUCUAUCCACAGAUGCUCCAGACAAGCUUAUACUCGGACCCUGAGCAUGCCCUUAGUCUCAAAGUCUGCAUCAUCAUCGCCCUUGCCGCGCAGGUUGAGCUGCACCGUAUGCCCGGGACGUAUCACAUGGAGUCGCGGCAGAAAGCGCUGUCUGUCGUUUUGGAGGUCAUCGGCUUAACGAAAAGCCUGAAGGACGACGACUACGCGAUGCUCGAGUCCGUGCUCGGUCUUUGCUUCACCAUCAUUGCGAACGCUAUCCGCAACGACCGAGAGCUCCUCGUCGGCAUAUCCCAGUCCGGUUCCAGGGAGCGAGAAGCAUUCAAUGUGCUCAUCAACUCCACUCAGCAGCUCGCUACAAAGCUACCCUUCGUUGGUAAGUACCACGCCCACCAUCAGCGAAGCAUCCAACCGAGUAUCGGAUGGCAGACGCCGCACUGGAGGUACUACGCGACAUCGCAUCGGGCAGUACCGCGGGGCCCCAAUAACUUUAAUACUGCAUUCUUUUCCUUCUUUGCGGAAUUAUAUCAUUUUUAUCGGAUGUAUUGUUCUGAGUAUCUAGCCUUAGUACAUACACGAGCAACGCUGUAUACUUGUCCAGUCUUUAGUAGUCUAGCCUUAUGGCUCCUCGAAUCCUCGAAUAUUGCAAUUUUGAAGUUGGCUUUGGCCGC